AUGCGCUACGACAUCAUCUUUAGGCGCCCCCUGCGGCUUCCUCCGGCGGUGGAGGGCACGCUGUGGACGGGGUUUUGGUGCUCCGUGCACUCCGAGCAGCUGGACCUAAGGGAGGAGGACUUGCUGCGGGGGGGACGGGCACGGGGCCUGGAGUUCUGGGAGAAUGCCACGACCCGCAGCGCCUACUACCACGACCCUCCCGUGUGGAAGCUGCAGUCGAUCCGGAAGCGCAUGGGCUACCAACACCUGGCCACCACCACCAGGUACGGGGACACCUGCUGCGCCUCCUGCGGCUCCGUGAACACUGCCGAGCUGGUGCAGGGUACGGGGUUCUACGCGGUGGCCUCUGCGGAGUCAAUGCAGGACGGGGGCAUCGGGGACGGGCACUACUGCACCCACGACGCCAAUGGGCACCGGGGUACCACGGGCAUGGGCUGCCUGAGCUGCGCCAAGGGCAAGUUCCUGCCGGCUCACCCCUUCUCCUACCCUCUCUGGGCGCAGCCGCACGAACAUAUCUUCUCUGAGGAGAUCUACGUGGUGGUGGCGGAUACCUGCCCCCACGCGGGCAAUGAGGCCUGGUGCCCGGGCCACGAGGGCCACGCCAACAAGUUCGGGGUGAAGCACCACUUCGACUUCACCGACCCCCCGGCCAAGUAUGACAACUACUACUUCGUUUGGUCCAGGAUCGAUUGCCCUGCGCGAAUCAGGAGCCGCUACCACCGGCUCAGCCGCUGCUAA